GCUAACGUUAGCCAACUAACUUUGGUAGAUAGCCAACGUUGGCUAGCAGCAUAACGUUAGCUUGUAGCUAAUUGCGCUUGAAUGUUUUGGACAAGCGACGUGAAGUAGGCGGAUGCAUAAUCUGCUUCUUGUCUGUACGUUUAGUUGAGAUUGGCAAUGCAACACAUUGUUUUAAAAUACAUAGUAACAGUUAGCGAGCUAACGUUACAUUUUAGCAAUUUCUCCUCCCCGUUGGUCACCUCAACAUCCCGCCCCCAUCUUUUCCCCAUUGGUUAACGUUUCUGAGAAUCACACGUUAUGAUCGAAUCCUUGGUUUGUGAAUGGUUCACCAGCCUGCCAGUCAUCCAUGCGCCACUUGUUGCUAGGGAGGUUGCUUGAUAUCGGAAAUGAGCGCUAUCAACACUUCCCUCUAGACGAGAAAUACCGGUGGAUGCUGCUGGCUACGAUGUUGUUAGGCUGCCUACUUUUAAACAUUGACAGAUAUACUGAUGCAUCGUUUUUAUUGCUAUUAUUUGAAUGUAAUUGUGUAUGUGUGAGUGACACAUCGGUGAGCUGCAGAUCUUGAACAGAAAAUGGAUGAGAGGGAGACUGCUAGGGAUGGGAGUCAUGAAGCGUAGCUACUGGAGGAGAACCCGAGACCCUCCCUCUUUCACCUUCACAUCUAUUCCUGUUAUGCACUGGACUAGGUAUGGGAGGACUUACUGAUGGGGAAGACCAAAGCCUGACCUAGAACACGCAAUGCUUUACCUGAAAAAGUACUUCACAGAGGGCCUGAUUCAGUUCACCAUCCUCCUGAGUCUCAUUGGGGUGCGGCUGGACCUGGACACCUACCUGAGCAAUCAGCUGCCCCCACUGCGGGAGAUCAUCCUAGGUCCUAGCUCGGCCUACACCCAGACGCAGUUCCACAACCUACGCAACACGCUGGACGGGUAUGGCAUCCAUCCCAAGAGUGUGGACCUUGACCAGUUCUUUACCACCCGCCGGCUGCUGAACCAGGUGCGCCAGCUGGAUCGCCUGUCAGUGCCCAGUCCAGAGCUGAGCACGUGGCUGGUGCACCGUGACCCUGAGACUGUGGUGUCCGCCGCCAGCCAGUCCAGCCCCAGCAUCACCCUGGACAAUGGGGCCGGCCUGGAGGACGUGAACAACUCUGAAACCCCGACCAUGAGGGGUGGUGGCGGAGCGCCUGAGUCCACCUACAACCCAAGUGGAGAGGACAGCAACCUGGGAGCCGUGGCCCCUGAGGACAGCCAGGAGCAGCGCAACAGGGAUGGCAAUCAUGACCUCACCAAAGAGGACAUUGAUUUGAUUGACAUCCUGUGGCGACAGGACAUCGACCUUGGCGCAGGACGGGAAGUGUUCAACUAUAGCAGUCGCCAGAAGGAGAGUGAGGCAGAAAAGCCCAGCCCAGCGGAGGAGGAAAGAGCAGAGGCACAGGAGAGAUGGAGGAAUGGAGUGAACCUUCAAGAGGCUCAGCCUGUGGAUGGAGAGACCGGGGAGAGCAUACCAGAGCAGAUCCCAGGCCUUGGCUCUCAGACCUCACUGUCCCUGCAGGAAUGCCUAAGGCUGCUGGAGGCCACCUUCCCUUUCGGAGAAGAAUCUCCUGAGUUUCCAGCCCCUGUAGUCACAGCUGAGCUUGCGGUGGCCAAUGAAGAAGCUCCAUCCACAUCUCUGGGCCUACCACUGACUCCCCUGUUGCCCCAGUUGGACCUGGAGCAGCAGUGGCAAGACAUCAUGGCUAUCAUGGAACUACAGGAAAUGGAGGUUAAUAACACCUCAGAGAACUCCUUCCUCAGCACUACUUCCAACAGUACCAAUACCAGUGGCAGCACAAGUGAGUCCGGCUCAGUUGGAAGCUUUGGACUUACUCGUUCCUCCACCCUUAUUCACCAAGAUGUCAGCCUUCACCAGGCCUCCCUCCCUAGCUGCAGCCAGGACUUUCCCACACUUUUCAAUCCAGAGAUGGAUGCCACAAGAACCCCAAGGACCACCUUGCUUAGAAUGUCCUCCAGCAACUCCUCCAAUGUCAACUCUACAUUCGGAGCCACCAACCUGACUGGACUCUUUCUCCCACCGCCUCUGAACAGCACCAACAACAUCACUUGUACUCCAGUGUUGCCUGAUCCCUUCAGCACUAUGCUGGAGGAGUCUAUGCUGGAUGAGAUCAGUCUGCUGGACCUGGCAAUGGAGGAGGGCUUCAACCAGGCCCAGGCCUCUCAGCUGGAGGAUGAACUCGACUCGGACUCAGGCCUCUCCCUAGACUCCAGUCACAGCCCGGUCUCACCGAGCAGCUCUGAGACCUCCUGCUCCUCCGCCGCUUCCUCCUCCUCCACCUCUGCCACCUUCUCAGAGGAAGGGGCUGUGGGAUACAGCACUGACUCGGAGUCAGCUGCCGUGGAACCAGAAGAAGGUGCUGUGGGGGGCUACCAGCCCGAGUUCAACAAGCUCUGCCGCAUGAGCUACCAGGACCCCUCCCAGUUACAUGGGCUCCCUCAGCUCGACAACAUCAACCACAAUCACACCUACAAUUUACCACUGUCUUCAUCGUUCGAUGAACACCUAGACCUACCGAUUCCCAUUGGCAAGAAAAUGGUUUGUGAGAAGCAGUCAAAGCUUAAGCCACAACAGGACUUCCUGGACAAACAGUCGAGUCGCGAUGAGCGACGUGCUCGGGCCAUGAAGAUCCCCUUCUCAAACGAGAAGAUCAUAAAUCUGCCUGUGGAGGAGUUCAACGAGCUUCUGUCCAAGCACCACCUGAGCGAGGCCCAACUGGCCCUCGUCCGCGACAUUCGUAGACGAGGCAAGAACAAGAUGGCGGCCCAGAACUGCCGCAAGCGCAAGCUGGAUACCAUCAUCAACCUGGAGCAAGGGGUGCACGACCUGCGUCGUGACAAGGCGCGGCUGCUGAAGGAGAAGAUGGAGUUUAUUCGCUCCAUCCGCCAGAUGAAGCAGAAAGUGCAAAGCCUCUACCAGGAGGUGUUCACUCAGCUUCGGGAUGAGGAGGGCCAGCCCUACCCCCCCAGCGAGUACUCGCUCCAAUACAGCGCUGACGGCAGCGUUCUGAUCAUUCCCCGCACCAUGACAGAUCAGCAAACCCGUAAGCCCGAAAAUAAACAAAAGGACAAAAAGAAGUGAGGAAGCUGUUACCUUUUCUUUCAUUUAGCUAAAAUCACUAAGAGAGAUUUCCGCAGAUGCAAGAGAGGUCUUUUUUCCUUUGAGAAGAUUCUUGUGAGGAGAAACUGCAUUGUUGACUCCUUUUCCUGCAUUAGGUUUUUUCCUUUUCUUUUGUGGUUCCUGUGUUUCCUCUGGGAAACGACUUUGAAGCAGAAGUUCUUAAUUUGAGUACUGAAUUUUCAUUGUUUGGGUGGAAAAAAAGGAACAAACGAGGAAAAGAAGGGGUUGAACGAUUUCUCUGGAUCUUUGGCACCAGGCCAUGAUGUUAUUACUUCAUGUAAUGAAGUGAAGGGAGUGGUAUCAUGUGAAGUCAGAGUUAGAGGAAAAACUAACAUUAAGUCAACGUGAAACUGGGUGUAAAUUCCGGUCCAUUGUUAGUCAGCUUUGAACGGAUUGUUAAACCGAUUUUCUUGCUUGGGCCUUGGAGUGAUUGGUGGAGUAACUGUUUCUGGAGUAAGUAGAAGUUGCACAUGUAGAGGAAAGCUAAGACAGGGCCUGGAGAUGUCAAAGGUUAAGAUACCAGUGGGGUAAAGCAAGUCCAUCAUCCAGGAUACCAUUAUCUUAACAAUACCGCCGAUACUAACCAAAUGUGUUGUGCACUUCACUUGUACUCUAAGCAAAAGUCUAGCUAGUCUGACACUGCACUCAUUCAAAAUGUGUUUAUUACAAAUACCACCGUUUUUGACUGGCCAUUGACUUUGAGUCCCUUUGAUGUAGAACUAGGACACUGGAACACAAAAGAGGCUGGGAGAGUAGUCUUGGGCUUGCCACGGUGGUGGAGCAUGACAAGUAUAGGAGAUGGAACGCUGAGUAAGAAGGCACAACAUGCGUUACAAAUGUAUCAGCUUCUGUAUAUCUAUAUAGCUCUGUAAUUUGUCCUCCUAAGGCUUGGCUGUAUGCAUCGUGCUGUGUCUCUGGCUAUCCGUCUGCCGCAGGUUUAAGGAUGAGCUCUGCUGGUAGUCUUUUCGUUUUCCACACAUCCUCAUACUGUCCAGAAUAAGCUAGGUUAUAAGUCUAGCUUCAUCAUGCUGGGUCUACUCCCUGCCCUUAUUGUAUCACACACUGUUGGUUGUGCCUGUAACCACAUUGCAGGAAUUUUACAGGCCAGGGAAUAUUGAUUUUGAUAGCCGUCUUUGCAGGAAGUAUUGUAUGAACUGCAACCCUGUGGAAGUGUCCCGUUUUAUUACAAAUCAAAUGCACCCAUCUUUACGAUCAUUAAUAUUAGGUUGGUUUGUUUCUUGUAAGGUGACAGAUGAGCCGUUCGGCUGUCGAGUAAUUGCAGUGGUAGCCUUUGAAAGAGUUGUCAUUCUAUUUGAUAGUUACCUGAAGCAAUGGACAAGACAGUUGAUGAAUAACCUAGUUGUCGGGUAUAAUAGUCUACCGUCAUACGUGUCAUUUAGAAUUGUAAACCAAUUGAAUCGAACUGACAAGGAUCAUAUGUGAAGUGAGAGCCUUGUUUUCGAAUGCCUUUGUUUCACAAGCACAUUCGUAAAUGUGAGGGUUUUGAGAACAAAAGGCUAUUGGACUGUUAUCAGAACAUUAGAAGUGCUAUUGCCUGAGCUUAUGUGUUUUUUGGGGUCAAAUUGUGUUUUAGCAUGUACCCCGAAUCAAAAAAAGACUAGGCCAUUUAUUAAUGCAGCAGCAAUAGCUGUUUAAAGAGAAUGAGUACAUUUGUGAACCCCAGAUCUACAGUGAAGGAUGGGAAAGAACUAAGUCGCUGCACUGAUGAGUGUCCUAUGUUCUUCAUCCACAUAACUUUCAUAGUUCUGGUCAUCAUUACCCUGUGAGGGGAGCCAAAGUAAAAAUACUUUUUCAUGCAGUACUAAUACUUUCGCAGGGGGGAAAAAGUUGCUGUCUCAAUUUAAAUUAAGUUGUUUGUUGUCGCACUUCAGAAAACAUUUGAUAUUUAAGACGUGCAAACGUUCACCUGCAUUGCAACACAAUGCAAAGCCCAUUUAAGUUAUUACUUCUUAGUGCUGCUUUUGUUAAUGGUCUUGUUUGUUCAGUAAAUAUUUUCUCCUUUUGUCAUUCUUUUCUGUAGUUUGUUUGCAUUUUGCACAGCCCCUGCUUUGGUUAUGUAUUUUCUUUGGUUUACUUUUAAAUAUUUCCUGGCAAUCUGGGAUUGUUAUUUUAUUGAUUAAUAAAGUGUUUAUUUUCAUCUG